AUGGAUUCCACUGCUGCACCCCUGGUGCUACAGUUGUGCGACCUGCUUCACAACCCCGUCUUCCCAGCACAACUCGCCUCCGCCAUCAAGGCCAAUCCAAGCAGCGAGUUGUUUCUCAAAAUCGACGCAUCGCUCAUCACCAGCGCCCAGUUACCGUCUCAUAAGAGCUCAUUACAUAUCGGCUGCAUCGACCUCUGUAAUGGGACAGCAGUGCCGUUGCCUCCGCCCACGCCGGCGUCUACUCCUAGUCCAAAGGACCACGGAGAUAGCUUGACUACGCCUACUUCCGAUAUCUCUAAUUGUCAAUCCUCUAAGCGACGCAAGACAGUGAGCGGGCUCCGACUUGCGCCAGCUCCAGCCAAACAAAUAGAGCCUACUGAAGAUGGUAAUAAUGACCUAGAAAGCACAGGCUCUGUGGUUCCCAAGUCAGUGCGGCAAUUCCACAGUGAUACUCGCUUCCCACAGCGGUCCAAACCUGGGCAGGGGAUCUCACCACCGGUUCUCGAGCCGUCGUCCACGGACAAGCUGAUCGCUGGGAUAUGGCGACAAGUAUAUUCGUCCGUGCAACUCAGCUAUGAUUUCUCAAGUAUCAAACCUACUAUUAAUAUCCGCUCCGGUGCAAGUCUCGAGGUCUUCAAAUCCGUCAACACCCUAUGUCUGAAAUACUACAAUAGAAGCCAGUCCUCACGCGCACUGGAAAUGAUCGUCCAGGCAUUCUGGGUCGAAUGCUUCGAAGCCCGCACCGCCGUUCUCCGCUACGAGAAGCCCAUCCUAUCCAAGACAGAGGCGCGCAUGCUCGCCAUACGAGAGGCUUGCGUUAUACUAAAUUGGAAGGAGAAGGAUCUGCGGAACCGGAUGGCCAUCUGGCGCGGGUACAAGGAAAUAAAAGACCACGGCGGGUGGGCAAGCCUUAUCUUCGCCAGCGCCGGCGUGUACAGAUUCUGCAAGUACCGCGCGGAAUUCGGAGACCUCUUAUUCUCCCGGCUGGGCCAUAUAAGAUCCAGCCUCGAAGUCGCGGCCGAUACCCUGCACCCGGAGUGGAGGGAUCUUUUACAGGUUAUACAACAGGACACCCCGCGCGUAUACCACGGCCAUCCACAUGAAUGGGUUACUACUACUGCUAGUACAGACGGGCGAGCACUUCCACUCGACUCUACAUACGAACAUCUCCAGUCCCAGCUACCAAAUGGAUUCCAGUACCGCUUUAUUGACGAGUGCGUGCUCGAUUCGAGUAUAUACGGGACAACAGACCCACGACGGGUUCCCGAGCUGGACAAUUCGGAUAUCUGCGCCGUAUGCCACGAGAGACAGUCUGAUGAAGUCCAGCAGAAUCAGUGUAUGUGUUUCCCCGCUCUAUUCGGGGGCGUUCGCGGGCCUGUUCCGGUUCAGAUCUUCCGCACGACGAAUGGGAAGAAUAAUGGUGUUGUUGCGCGCUGUCCCUUCGAUCGCGGGACUGCAAUCGCCGAAUUCACCGGCCUAAUCACAUCCGGCAUCGACGGCGUCGACGUAAUGAUCGGCGGCUCAGGCGGGCGAACAUACCAGAUCUUCCAGGGUGAAAUGGGUAACGUCACGCGUUUCAUCAACCACUCGUGCCGGCCCAAUAGCCAGUUCCAGCGGUUCUACUGGCGCGGCAUAGAGCGGGUUAUUGUUGUCUCGAGGGGGGUGGGUGCGGGCUGUGAAGUUACGGUUGAUUAUUCGGAUCGGUAUUGGAGGGAGUUGCGGAAGAGGUGUUUGUGUGGGGAGGGGUGUUGUCGGUUUGGUGGUAGUGGUGGUGGUGGUUCUGGGAGUAGGAAUUUGGGUUGA